ACUUUUCUGAUAGCUUAACAUAGAUUCCCAGAAGCGGUGUCCUCUUUGAAGUGAGCGUCAUAACUUUGAACGGACCAACCACUGCUGGCCGACUGACUGAAGGGUGGAUGAUGCUUCUCUCUUGAGUUUUGUUUUUUGUUUUGGACAGGAUGAGGGACUCGACAGAAACGUUACCAGUGUAACGUUAUCUACAGCUUUCCCACUGCGUGGUUAAGCAAGAAGGCUGUAGCUUACACCGUGAUGUAGCUGAGACAGAUAUUUGUGUAGUGUUAUACCAGCCAAAAGAAUACUAUAGUAACGUAGGCUAUAACGUGCAGGUGUCAGCUGGACGUAGGCUUCUAUAGUGCCGAACUCUUCGUUUGUCCGUCCACUUGACGUUCAUGUCAAAGUUUGAACAUCUAAAGUGACUUAAGUACCAUGGACAUCGUCGUCUGUCCCAGAACUGACUUUACUCGUCUAGCGAAUGGCUUGGCUGGCAUUGGGGGACCAUUGAUAACCGGUGCGAGUGAUGCGGGAUGCGGUCUAGUAGAGACUGUGCUGAGCGGUGGGGCGCCCUGGGGAUUUACGCUGCGGGGAGGACGGGAGCACGGAGAACCGCUCCUCAUAACAAAGGUGGAAGAGGGGAGUAAGGCUGCUAUUGCUGGUCUGCAAGUGGGAGAUGAGCUGGUCAGUAUCAACUCCGUCCCACUGAGUGGCUUCAGACUGGAGGCCAUCUGCUUGGUCAAGAGCUCCCACAAGACUCUCACACUCACACUCAAAAGGAGGAAUGAUUCUGCCAGCAGACCACACUCCUGGCAUUCAUCCAAAGUGGCCGAGACCCAGACCCAGAGGAUAGCACAGAACACCGAACCAGAACCUAUAUGGCAGUCCAAAUACAGCAUAAGCUCUUCCUCUAAUGACGUGUCUAAAUGUUGGGACCCUGCAAAGCAGCAUCAGGCACCAAAUCAACUCACCACAGUCCAGAACAUGGAAGCUGUGGACCCCUGUCCACUGACCGACACGUCCAGUGUGUCGUUACCCCCCUCCAAGCACCUCAGCGCUGUCGACCUGUCCACAGGAGCCGGCGCAGGGACACUCCGCAAGCGAGACUCCCCGCACGCGACCCUCUCCAUGAGCUCCAACAGCCUAGACCCCGGCAGCGGCGGCGGCCUGUCCAAGAGCCAGGCGGCGUCCCUGGAGUGCAUGUUCUACCGUGGCGGCCAGAGCGAGGCCGGGGGCCAGCCGGAGCGACCGCGCUACCUGCAGCUCCCCGUGGUCAGCAGCUGUGGUAGGGUCAGCCCGCGGCUGGAGGAGCAGGUGAGCUCCCGGUACUCCUCCUCGUCGACUUUGUCCUGCGUCGCCACUGCCGCUGGAGGAGGGGGAGGUUCGAGGGCGAACAUCAACCCCGUGUGGAACGUUCCGGAAGCCAAGAAGCCUACGGCUCCGUCUCCGCCACCACCCCCUCCCCCGCUGCGCAGCGACAGCUUCGCCGCCACCAAAGUCCACGAGAAGGGCUUGACCGCGCCCGGGGCUCUCCCUGGACCGGACGGUCCCUCUGCUCACCCGCAGCAGAAGGCUCCCCAGGGCAGGUCCGCUGUCGAACGGCUGGUCAAGGGCACCGAGAGCCAGCAGCAGCAGCAGCAGCAGCAGCAGAGUGUCCAGUCUGGGGAGAGAGGUGGGCCGGACGCUCGCCAUGGCUUCCUGGCGUCUCAGAGAAGCGAGGUGCUGCCCCCGUAUCUCUCCGCCGAGGACUACAACGCCAACCAGAUCCCCCUCAGCAAACCGAGCUCUCUGUCCAGCUCUGACGGACGGCAGGGCCUGGCUGGCCCUGACUACCAGCGGCAGCACAGCGACGAGAGCUCUCACCUCAGCCUGCACCCCAAAGGCUCGUCGGCAUCGUACACCACAACCACGGCCGCCGCCACUCCGAAGCACCACAGCGUCGGGGGAUACUACCGCAGCCUGCAGGAGCUGCCAACCAACACGUGCAGCCGAGGACAGGCCAGAACCUCCACCGCGUCGCUGUCCAGCAACGCCCUGGACCAGAGCUCUGACCGCGGCGGAGGUGGAGGGCACGUGAGGUACUACUGCUACACACCUCUGCAGCAGCCGACACUGACCACAGUAACAGCAGCUCUGCAGGGAUGUGUUCAGGGCAAGCCGGAGGCCUGGAGAGACGAGGCCGGUCCAGUCGGGACACAGAGGGCCAUGAAGAACAAGUACCCCGCCGCCCAGCAGGCUUUUAACGGCUACGGCAACAAGCAGGCGAGCGGUCAGACGGCCUCAGAGAGUCCGUCCGCUGGGCUCAACGUGUGGAUGGCGCGGUCGAGCUCGGACGAGCGGGAGCGGAUGACCAGUGGGGGCGGGGCAGACGGUCACCAUGGCAACAGGUAUUCUCACGGUCAGCAGCAGCAGUUGCAGUCGCACAGGGAGCCGCCGGCUGACCCGUGGGUGUCGCAGGAAUGCCGUAAGAUUUGCCCUCAGCAGACCCCUCUGCUCCACUCGCUGUCUCAGGAGAACAAGCUGCUGACCGAGAAACGAUCGCCGCCCCUGACCACCACCGUUCCUGGUCCUCAAGACAGCCCAGAGCUGGGCGGUGGCAGCGGCAAGCAGGGUCGCCGGAGUGACCGCUACGCCACCACGCUGCGCAACGAGAUUAUCAUCAAGCGGGCGCAGCUGCAGAAGAGCCGCAGCGCCGCCGCCCUGUCCUGUCCCGGGGAGGCGGACGACGAGGCCAAGCCCGGCGCCUGGAAGUCCCCCGAGACGUCCACUUCCUCUGACGGAUCCUUCUCCAACACCUACAAGGACCACCUGAAGGAGGCGCAGGCGCGUGUGCUGCAGGCCACGUCCUUCAAACGGAAAGAUCUAGAACUUCCUGGGAGCGAGGGCACGCCCGCCACCGCCGCCAUGUUGGCGCGCCGAGAUCUGAGCGUGGCUGAGAUCCUGUCGGGUAAGGCCGGAGCUGUUGCCGGCGGCAACCACGUGUCACGCAUCGGAAGCCGGAAGCGCUUCCCCAUGAGCAAGCGCGUGCACUCGUUCUCCGAGCCGGACAAGAUCAACGAGGUCGGUGUCGAGGGCAAAGGGCUGACCUUGGACUCGGUCGGCUCGUUCAUCGACCGGCGCAUGUUCUUCGAGGGAGUCGCCAAGCCGACGUUUUCCAAACCUGCUCCUAAGACAGGACCUCAGAGCUCACCUGAGGAGCUCCACAUCAGCGCAAAGGCCAAAGGGCCACCCUCACACGAAGAGCCCGCUGGGUCGAAGGUCAUAGGGUCGUCCCCGCCACAAGGCCACCACGCCCACAGAGGCCACCUCAGGGAGCACCACUCCAGACAUCACUCAGGGAAAGAGCAUGGUUGGCCCAAGCAGGAGCCCCCUCUGCAGCAGCAGUCGCCGCCACUGCCCCCGCUGUCGCGGUUGGGCACGUUCGCCGAGUACGAGGCCACCUGGAACAUGCAGCGGAAACAGUCUGAGGCCAGGAGCUCGGGCAGGUACCACUCGGCUGAGAACAUCCUGGAGCCGUCGGCAGAGGACGGGAACGAGGCUGUGUGUGUCCACGAGAGGUCCAGGUCAUCCCCCUCUGCAGACUUCUAUGAACAGAAAAUGCCCCUGCCUGCCAGGAAACUCUAUCUAGAUCGGCCAGCUGACACCCACACCAUGGGCGUGUUGGCCGAGAGGGGCCUGGCGGAGAGCAGGGGAGUACGAGAGCGUCCUGCCCAGCCUGACCACUUCCUGCCGCCCUCUGAGGCCGCGGCGUCCCGAACGGAUCUCGAGAAGAGAGACGUGUCCACGAUCGCUGCCCCCCCUGCGGACCCCCGGUACCACCAGCCUACGCCCGAUCCCCCGCCGUACCCUGACCACUUGCGCCACGUCGGGGUCACCGCCGCCCUCGAGCAGCCCGCCCUCCCCAAAAAGAGGGGCGCAGCAGCUUCAGCGUUACCCCAGAGGCUCUCCCCGCCCAGAGUCGACACUCCGGGGCCCUCUGUGGACAUGACUGUGACCUCGCUGAGAGAGUCCAGUGACCUCCAGACUGCUGGUCAUUCCGCGAGGGGCAGCAGCAGGUCUCCCGGGGUGGGGUUGGUACUGCCAGUGCCCGCUAUGCCCACGCUGGCAUCGGACGCCACACUGAAGGUGUCCCCGUGCCCAGAGAGAGAGGUGCAGGCGGGCAGCCGACUGGACGAGGAGUGGAGGGCCCUGCACCAGACCGCCCUGGCUGCCUUGGCACCGUCUCUGGCACAUUCUCCUCUUCCUCAUCCACACACUCAUCCUCACGGUCCUGCCUCCUCGCCCGCUGCCCUCAAGGGCACUGCUGCCCUAACGGUGCCCACUACCAAUGCCACACGCUCACCCUCGCCACAGUUUGCCCCACAGAGACUGACCGACAAGCCCCCAGCACCCACACAGGAUGACCUAUCCAGUGAUAAGAUGGGUGACGCCUCGGAGCUGAGUAACGUUGUGAAGAGAGUCCCCGUCAGGAUCGUCCACGCUGAGACCAGUCUGGAGCGGAAGGGCCGCCAGUACCUCCUCAGCAACGGAGCUCAGGGUGGGCCAACAACAACAACAACAACAGCGACAACAAAAACAAGCCCUCAAAGCAGCUUCGCCCCCCAGGAGCAGUCCUACUCCCUCUUCUGUGCCUACUCACGGCAGGAGGAGGCGGAGUGGGAGGCGCACCGCGGCUCCUCCAGACCUCCUCAGGGGACCCCGGGCUUCCCUGUAGCCCCAACAGGGGCCACCCUGAACGGGCAGUCGAGAAGGAGCAGCCUGCCCGCCGCCGCCACCGACGCGGCGGUGGGCGAUCGCUCAGAUGACGACGUGAAGAGAGAGGAGCUGGCCCGGGACAUCAUGGGUAAGGACAAGUCGCUGGCGGACAUCUUGGACCAGAGCCGCAUGCGGACCACCAUGGACCUGAUGGGGGGCAUCUUCCCGCAGGGCGAGCAGGUGCUGGAGGGGGCACAGCAGCGCCGACGAGUCGCCCCCAAACAGACGUCGCCCCGCGCCGCAGACGAGAGCAGGAGGGUGGAGGAUGACCUGGCAACGGCGGUGUCCGUGGUGAGUAGCUCCUCCUACUACAGCACGUCAGCGCCCAAGGCGGAGCUCCUGAUUAAGAUGAAGGACAUGCAGGAGCAGAUGGACGAGCAGGACUCCGAGGACGAGCUCGACUAUGACCUCUCCAGCAAGAAGCAAGAGCUGAUCAGCAGCCUGAGUACGAAGCUGCAGGUGCUGCACGAGGCGCGUGAGAGCCUCCAGGAUGACGUGCAGGACAAUAACGCGCUGGGCCAGGAGGUGGAAGCCACCGUGCAGGCCGUCUGCAAGCCCAACGAGCUGGACAAGUUCCGCAUGUUCAUCGGGGACCUGGACAAGGUGGUCAGCCUGCUGCUGUCCCUCUCCGGCAGGCUGGCCCGCGUGGAGAACGCCCUCAACAACCUGGAGGAGGGGGCCUCAGCUGAGGAGAAGCACGCCCUGACCGAGAAGCGCAGGCUGCUGAUUCGUCAGCACGAGGAUGCCAAGGAGCUGAAGGAGAACCUGGACCGGCGCGAGCGACUGGUCUACGACAUCCUGGCCAGCUACCUGAGCGCCGAGCGUCUGGCUGACUACGAGCACUUCGUCAAGAUGAAGUCGGCACUCAUCAUCGAGCAGCGCAAGCUGGAGGACAAGAUCAAACUGGGAGAGGAACAACUCAAGUGUCUGAGAGACAGCCUGCCUCUGGAGCAGAGACUCAUGUUCUGAGAGAGAGAGAGAGAGAGAGAGAGAGAGAAGAAAGAGAGGGAGAGGGAGGGAGGGAGAGAGAGAGAAGGAGAGAGAGAGGGAGGGAGAGAGCGCAAAAGAACAGAGAGGAUGAAGAGACGCAUUCUAGAACUGGAACUCUGGAGAGAGCAAGAGGAAGAUGAGAAUGAAAGACCACAGACGACAGGAGACGACAACAGAUCUUCUGAGAACUGGAAUCUGUGACAAAGCAUGAGAGGGAGAAAAAAACUCAUAUUAUGUUUGUUUGUUUGUCUAUUUAUUUGUUUGUUUUUAUUUCAAGACUGCCAGUCAUAUAAAUAUACGCUUUGCUUUAUUCAGAGGAAGAUGGUGUGGGAAAUAGACAGGCCUACAGAGAGGGUUGAACAUAGUCAGUAGGUGAAAAUCUACAGUAUGUCAUGAUAAUGAAGAAGUUUGGAAUGUUUUAACGCUUAUGCAGACAUAUGGGUUGAUAAACAUGUCUAUCAUAGUUUGACGGUCCUAAAGCUGCACUUGUGAUUUCUCUUCUGGAAUGAACAUUUUAUCUUAUCAUUUUAUGCAUUUUAUUCAAGGUUGUAUUUGUGAUGACCUUCAGUGAUGCUCUUUUUGAGAUGGUGAACUAUGAAUAUAUAAUAUAUUUAUAUAUACAGAUGUAUAUAUAAUUUAUUCGAAAAUGUAUUUUAGGGUUUGAAUGGAAUGGAUUAUUUGCCAUUUUUUUGCAAAAUUGCCUGUUGAUUGUAGUUGUUAACAGUUCACAUAAAGAUUAUUAUUACCGGUAUUAUAUUUCAGAUAAGAACAGUGCGUUUAUAUGCUGUAUGUAACUGCUACCAAAAUAUUCAUACCUGUUAUGAUGCUGUUCUAGAGAAUAGCCAUGGCGUUUGUCUGUAAUUUUCAUAGACUUGCUACCAUAUUCAGAUAUAUUUAUAUUUUCCUUAUGAAUGAAAUGAAGAAAUUGAAUUUUGCAAACUAGAUGGGAUGUGCUAGCACUUUACAGUGAAGGUCUUAUUCUGAAUGAUAAACACCUAUCUGGAUUGGAACAUUAAAAUGUGCCUGGGUAGGCCUACAUUGUA